CUUUUAUUACUAUUUUAUUGCGUUGUGUGUGUGGGUGUGUAUAUAAAAUAUGAGUCAAGAAGUCAAACACGAGAUCUUGUCUGAAGUUAAUAGUCAAUCUAUUCCUACAAAUAUCUCUGAAAGUCAAAUAAAUUCUUUAACUGAAGCAGCCAAGAAUCUGUCUAAUGCUCUUAAACAAACAACAACUCUCACUGAUUUUGCACAACAAACAUUAAUUGAUGUGAACAGUCAGCCUUUAAUUCAUAACUUGAUGGACAAUCAUCCACUUAUAAGCCAUCCUACUUUAGCAACGACUCAAAAUAAUCAAACCUUAUUAAAUGCAAAUAAUCAACUUUUGUCACAAACAUUAAGCUCGAACAAUAGCAGCAACUCUAUUUCAACUGAAAACAACACUAAUAAUAACAAUGAAAAUAACAGCUCAGGUACUGUUCAGUUAGACCCUUCCAGUCCCAUCAUUACAGAAUUUUAUGAAAGAUUUGCAAUGGGCCGAAUGUUUCAAACUUUGGAAGAACUUCGUACGGAAGCUUAUGAAUAUGGUAGAAAGUAUAAUGUUGCACUAACUACAAGUAAGUCAGACAAGACAAAGAUUUACUUAAUUUGUAAGCAUGGUGGACAUUAUCGAAAGAAUACGAAGAGACCUCAAACGAAUAAGACAAUAAAGCCACGUAUUCGUCGAUCGCAAAAGACAGGAUGCGCUUGUAUGAUUUAUGCUCGAUGUUGUCGUGGUAGUUUUUGGAUUAUUCGUAAGAGUAUUGGAGAACAUAAUCAUCCUAUUGCUGAAGACCCUCGUACUUAUGCUAUGUAUCGAUCUUUAUCUCCCGAGCAUUUAUUGAUUGUUCAUCGAUUAUUAAGAGAACAUGUAGGUGUUUCCUUUAUUGUCAAGUCACUGAAAGCUAAUGGUGUCACUAAUAUCCUUGCAAAGGAUAUUGAAAAUAUACAGCAAGAUUUGAAAAGAAGGGAUGUACUCGAUUUACCAAACACUACUGAAUCAUCCAGUACUCUUAUGACUACGAUUGGAAAUAAUAAUGAACCUAUGGUUCAUACAAAUACCUCUACUGCUACAAUUGGCACUUCUGUUAUUUCAACAAAUCAUACGGAAACUCUAACUCUAAAUACUUCUAGAAAAACUAAACCUCCUCCUGUAGUCAUUAUGGCAUCCUCUCCCAAUCUAUCUACCACUCCUAAUAUGUCUUUACCUCCGACUAUGACUUCAAAUAAUGAAACUGCCAAUUAAACGCAUAUUUAUAAAUAAACAAAUAAAUAUAAAUAAAUAUAUAAAUAUAUCCUAUAUAUUGCUUCGAAAAAAAAAA